AUGUAUUAUGCUGUAGGUAAAUUGAAGGAGUUGAAAGUGCCCCAGACAGAACCAUACACUCAAGGAAAAGGGAACAAUAAAACCGUGUGUGGUCUCUGCGGCAGACAGUUUGAACAAAGGGUGGCGUAUUCACGCCUCGAGAACACACAAGCAAGACGGCUUUUGCGCCCUUUGUGGCCAUCACCUCUUGCUGCCACCUGA